UAUUUAUUAUUGUCCUUUAACGACUCCAUGGACACCAACCAUAUCUCUGAUUUGUUUGAUAAAAGCUAAUCCGUGAAUACAGGGGAGUAUAUUCUAACUAGAAGUUGAUUUGAGUUUUUUCACAGACCGGACUUUUUUCCGCCCUGUGCUUUACCCUAUAUAAAUUUUAAAAAAAUAUUUUUUUUAACAAAAAAUUCUUUAAAUUACUAUUUAUUUAAAGUCAACAAAUUUCACGGUAAUAGUGUCAAAAAUGUGAGUACUAGGAAAAAAACGACAAGGGGGGCGCCAAACGCCCCCCCCCCAGCCUGUUUAGGGUUAAGGAAGCGGAGCAAUUUUCCUUGAAAUCGUCAAUCAGGCCAAUUCUUGAUUAUAUGCAUUAAUAACCACCAUGCUUUUAGAAUGAUGAUAAAGUUGGAAUUUUUGUCAUAAACAUUGUUUAUGUUUCAGUUGUAAAUAAUGAUUUAAAGAAGAUCGUAAAAGUAUGGCGACCCUACCCCCUCGGAAGAACCCAACCCCUACUAUAAUAACUAGUCAGUAUCUGACGCCCCUUGAUACACUUCUACAGAUGGGGUUUAGUAAACAACGGGCAGAGAAGGCCCUGGUUGCUACUGGACACCGUGGGGCUAGCCUGGCUGCAGAUUGGUUACUGGCCCACGUGAAAGAUCCUGGAAUUGAUGAAGAUUCUCCGAGAGAUUUCAUCAUUUAUCUCUGCCCGGUUGGUGAACUGAAGGAGGAGUUGAGCCUUUUCUGGGAGAAAUCUCGUCAUUUGAUGGGUUGGAACGGAGCUCAUAAUUCCUUUCCUCACAUUACUCUCUCCUCAUCCUUUACAUGUCCGGACUCACAGGUGGAGGCUCUCAUGCACGCCAUCUCUAAGGUUUCUGAUAGCUUGCGGGGUCAGCUUGCACAAACAAAAUUAAACCUUGAACGAUAUAUGUCGCCAAACUUUUUCGGUCUCUUCGUACAAAAAGAAGACGAGUUAAUCUUGAAACAGCUGUCGACCGAGCUCUGCGAGGAGAUUAGACUGCUUGAAUUGAAAGCUGAUCCUAUUCUUAAAUCUUAUCAUUUAACCCUGGCCUACCAGUUCCAACCUGCACAUUUUUCAGGUUUGGAGGAGCUAGCUGAAAAUAUAUCUCCUACUGCAGACUCUGGUUGGCAACUCCGAUUAUAUUCCUAUGACAAUAAAACCGCAGGAUCUGAUGUAUAUAAGGUGUUGUACGCGCAUGUUCCGCGAGAACCAGAUGAACUAGAACUUGUAAUUGGAGAUUUUAUUUUUGUAUCUGCGGAGGAGAUGACUAAAACCUUUGAUGGGUGGGUGAUAGGUAUAUCCUGGUUGACAGGAAGUACUGGAUAUCUACCAACUAAUUAUGUGGAGAGAACGGCUGAAACAAAUGUAUGGACUCUUCACUCCUUGCUUCCUUUAAUACCCGGUGACCUUAAGGCUGUAACUGAGAGUAGGGAUGAAAACAUCUCCAGCUCAGUUGACCGUCUUGUCCUUGCUCAAGAAUGUGAUUCAAGAACGGUUGAUGUAGAAUUAGAGAAUAUUUAUGCAAAGGUGUGUAAGCCUGGUCGUGAAUCCCCUGCAGGAGUUUGUGAUUCUUCCCAGGAAGCAUCAUCACAUUCAGAUACAGGUGAUGAUGAAGUAAGCAGUACUACUCCAACACUUGCAUAUGGUCCUAGGAAGCUAUUUAUUGCCAGGCAUGGAGAGAGAGUAGAUUUUACCUUCGGAUCUUGGAUUCCCUACUCCUUUACUCAGGACGGUUCCUAUCAGAGAAAGGAUUUAAAUAUGCCAGAGAGUGUUCCACAAAGGAGGAAAGGUCCUGAUGGGUUUAGUAGAGACUGCCCUCUUACUGCUGUAGGGAACUUUCAGGUAUUCAGGAAUUAUUCAAUUGGUAAUGACGGAAUGCCGGAUUGGAUGACCGAAGAAGAACUGCUUGAGGCCGGGUUCAAUAUUGAUGCCAGCUUCAAGGCGUAUAUUAGUUAA